AUGGCUGAUGCAGAUUGCAGUCCAUACACAGGCAUGGAUGCCGAUGACUUGCAUCUUAUUCCAGUGCCCGUAGGGAAAAAGCGGAUUCCGAAAGCGUGUAGUUCUUGUCGACAGUCGAAGGUGAAAUGUGAUGGGCAGAGACCGUGUACGAGAUGCCAAAAGCUAGAGAAACAAUGUGUUUUCUUCGAGAGUCCAAAGGACCCUGUCUCAGAAAGAAUAGAGGGUGUCGAAUCAGAAGUCCAAUAUCUGCGACGCCAACUGGAUGAGAUGCGUGAAUUAAUCCAGCAAAGUCGCGCUCACAGAACCCCAGAGUCACAAGUAAUACACUCCCCAACCCAAACCCGUGAUGGGCAGCAUCAAGUACGCCGCGAGAGUUUCUGCGGCUCUUCAGGCUCUCACUAUCCUCACUCACACGAUAAUGCUCGCGAUGAGCUUCCUACUAUGCCAGUCCCAGGGUCCAGUGGGUAUAUGCAUAAUCAUCAGCAUCAACGAUCCCUGCCAUCUAUACCAACCCUCUCUCCCAACGAGAUUUCAACGCACUCCAUCUAUGGAGCAUCAAAUCAGAUCAUUACUCGUCCACUCAAAAGGAAACGGUCUGGCUUUGAAAUUCGAGAGGAACCCAUUUCCGAUUUCAUUGACAAGGGUCUCAUUACGCCGGAGUAUGCAGUAUCUUAUUUCAAUACAUUCUUUGAAGGAUGUGACAGAUACAUCCCAAUCUUUGACCCGGAGUACGACACAUUCGAGUCUGUGCGAUCUCGAAGCAGCAUUCUCCUUAAUGCUAUAUGUACGAUUGGCUGUAUGGUCGAGACACGAUCUGGUGGCCCAAUGUCGGACAUGUUACACGCCGAACUGAAAAGAUGGAUCAACGUAAUCGUCCAGAACAAACAGCUCAACUGCCUGGAAUCCGUGCAAGCAAUGCUGGUCGUUGCUUGCUACUCGUCCGAACGCUCUUUGAUCUUAUCAUUCGCUACUCGCAUGGCCCUAGAUCUGGAGCUUCAUGAAGCAUUCGAUGAACUGACUCAGCGCCUCGCGAUCAAAAAUGAUGAUAUGGCUUAUGCGCUGCCGCAUCAGAUGUUUGAAGAGGAGAGGGCUUUAAUGUGGAAGGCGAGGACUUGGUUUGGACUUUUGGUUUUGGAGCACAUUUUCCGUGUUGAUGGCGGGAAACCGCCUGGUAUUCGAUUGAAAGGGAAUGCUCGGCGCUGUCGAGUUUUGCUUUCUCAUUCUUCUUCGACAAUUCUGGAUUUGAGGCUAUUUUCUCAGGUUGAGUUGAACAUUCUCAGAGCCAAUGUGGGCGAUACUUUGGGAGGAGGCACGACACUUGAUGGACAGAGCAUAACCGACUAUGUCCAUGACAUGAAGAUUGAACUUGAUUUAUGGUUUGAUGACUGGCUACGCAUCAUCGAGAGCUGCAAUGCCGCCAAAGAAGAAAAACCAUCUCUCCUCGUCGCUCUCCGAGUACAAAAAUGCUGGGCUGAAAUGAUGCUCAACUGCAAAGCAUUACGAGCCAUGGGCGUCGAGAACGUCGCGACCAUGUCCACCACGGAACGAACAGUUCUCCUAACAGCAAAAGCAAGUGCCCGCCGCCAUCUCCGACUAAUAAUAGUCCAGCCAGACUUUUACCUCGCGAAGCUGAAAUACGCCAUGGACUUCGUCUGGGCAAAAUGUGCUUUCUCUUUCUUAUUAUUGCUGAAACUAUCACGUCUGCUUCCCGAGCGAGACGAGGAGCACCAAGAGCUUCUCGAUCACGGCAACCAACUCGUGUCGGAAUUGAGCAAGGCAGGCUCGAGCGGAACCCAGUCUGGUGCUGGGAAUAUUUACUUGCAAAUUUUGAAAGUGAGCAUCGAGAAAUAUGGACGUGCCUUGCGGGAAACGCAACAGCCAGGUUCAGAUGGACAACCCGCUACAUCGCCGUUCUGGGAGCUAUUUGAUGCACAGGCUGAUCUUCAGUGGUUCAUACCUGAGCAAUUUGUCUCUGAGUGGGACUUUCCGGGGUUGAAUUUGUUUUACUUUCCUACUGCCUGGCAGGACUUUUUUGGGGAUUUUUCGUUGGCCAUGUAA